AAGGCGCAUGUGACAUUAUCUAAGAGUUAUUGUCAGGGGGGCAGGAAAAGACAGAUUGUGUGAAAGAGACCGAGAACGAAGUAGCAAGCGAAAUUAAGCAGAGGUAGUUCACCGAGGGAGAUGAGGAGACGGGGGAGGGUGAAUGUGUUAAUACACAGGAGCACUGCAUUAAACCAAUGCACUGCUCCGAGGCUGGCUUAGCAUCAGAGAGGAGUGCGUCAGCAGUGCAUUCACGUUCGCACUGAAGGACGAGGGUAGGUAGGGGGCUGCAUACUGCAACACUGGCUGACACAUAGAGAGAGAAAAGAGAAAAGAGAUAAAAAUAUAGACGUAAAUAGGUGAUGUGAAUCAGAAUGGUGUUCCUUCUUUUUCUCUUUCUGCUACGGUGGACUGAUUUUUUUGAGAACCUGAGUGCUGCUGCUUCCUUCUCCUCCUAACUACCUCUCACACACUCGCUCCUUUGUGCACUCUAUCUUUCGCUUGCUCCUAAUCUGUCAGUGGGUCUCUUUCUCUGUGUCUCUCACUCUUUCUCUCUCUCUCUUCCCCUCUCUCUCUUUCUUCUCUACUCUGGCUACUGCAGUAGUCCACCAGCCAGCCGCAAUUCUGACAGCCACACACAUGGCUAACUGCCACAACUUACUACCUCAGAUAUAAAGGGAAAAACAAAUAAAGGAAUAACCAAGAAGAGGAGGCAUUGGAGUCAGCCUACGAGACGGACAUCCAGCAGAAAUAAGAAGAGGAAGAUUCUUCCAAUCUUCUCUGUUUAUGGAUACAGACAGGGAUUUUGCUUAUGCACAGACACACUCCUCUCUUUUCUUUUACCGCAGAAGAGGACAGAAGCGCUCUCUCUAUUUAUCUCCCUGCCUCUUUCUACCUGAAAGCCUUUUGUAAAGCUCCAAGUGUGCGGCGCAUCCUUUUCUCCACCUCUUGCCCAGCGCUACCAUCCCUUUCACCACCCUUACAAUUCCCCUUAACCCCCCCCCCCACUCCCCUCCGAGAGGAAUAGACGCAUUACUGCUAACUGUGCACAGGGUUUGCAGCUGCAGCUGCCUUGACCAGGGCCAGCCCAACAUUGGGGGUAUGCAAGUGGAACACGCAAGAUAAGUGGAGAGGAAAUGACUGUGCUGGGAGUUCUAUAGCCUUUUCUGUCUCACUGUCCCUGUCACGGCAGGGCUAAUUAGCAACUGACUAGCCUUUGGCAAAGUCACAGUGACUGAGGUCUCUUCGCCAAACAAGCAACCAGUCAACAAGCCAGUACAUGUAUCAGGACCUGAGGACUUUUUUUUUAGUUGGUUAUUUCUUUAUUUUUCUGUCAUGUUUUACUGUCUGAUGGGUCAGUGUGAUGCAUCCACAGUGGAGCAGUAUUUUGGAAUCUGCAGACUGGCAAGGGAGCACUUAGUAAGGGCAACGGGGAUCCAAGCGCCUGCAGAGCCUUCCUGGCUUUCCUUCUGCAUCGAUUUUCUCCACUGUCAAUGGAACUUGGGAGCCUUGAAUUGCUUAAGCCAGGAUAGUGUAGUCUGUCCUCUGUUGUGUGCCAUCUCCCAAAAUCAUGUAGAAUAAUGAGCCCUCCACACCAUGAGUCCUCUGGGCCAGGUUAGUGUGAAGCCUACCUGGAACACAGCCCUGUUUGCCGUGCUCUCCCUCAUGGUCCCUGCUCUCAGCAUUUGUCAAUCUACAGGGCCUGCGCUGGGCUCCACUAAACCACAGAACUGUCCAGGUGUUUGCUCCUGCACCAAUCAGCUCACCAAGGUGGUGUGCACUCGUAGAGGACUAGUAAGAGUGCCACCAAACAUCCCAGCCAACACCAGAUACCUAAACCUGAUGGAAAACAGUAUAGAGAGCAUACAAGCUGACACUUUUAGACACCUGCACCACCUGGAGGUACUGCAGUUGGGCAGAAAUGCAAUAAGGCAGAUUGAAGUGGGUGCAUUUAACGGACUGACAAGUCUCAACACCUUGGAGCUAUUUGACAACAGAUUGACUGUCAUACCUAGUGGAGCUUUUGAGUACCUAUCAAAAUUGAGAGAGUUGUGGCUAAGAAACAAUCCCAUUGAGAGCAUCCCUUCGUACGCAUUCAACCGAGUCCCCUCACUCAUGAGACUGGACUUAGGUGAGCUUAGGAAAUUGGAGUACAUUUCUGAUGGAGCAUUUGAGGGCCUUCAAAACCUCAAGUAUCUCAACCUGGGGAUGUGCAACUUGAGAGAGUUUCCUCAACUUUCACCUCUCGUGGAGCUGGAGGAGCUAGAAAUAUCAGAGAAUGUUUUCCCUGAACUAAAACCUGGAGCUUUUUGUGGACUCAAAAAUUUACGUAAACUUUGGAUAAUGAAUUCCGCUGUCACAUCCAUCGAGAGGAAUGCAUUUGAUGAGAUUACAGCCUUAGUGGAGCUCAAUUUAGCUCAUAACAACCUUUCUUCGCUCCCCCAUAACCUGUUCACACCCUUACAGUACCUAGUGGAGCUGCACCUGCACCACAACCCAUGGAGAUGUGAUUGCGAUGUAGUGUGGCUCUCCUCGUGGCUCAGAGAAAACAUUCCUACAAAUUCCACGUGCUGUGGACGCUGCCACACACCAGUUCACAUAAAAGGUAGAUACCUGGUAGAGGUUGAUCAGACCACCUUCCAGUGUUCUGCACCAGUGAUACUCGAUGCUCCGAGAGAUCUGAAGAUCUCUGCAGCAAGAGUGGCAGAAUUAAAGUGCUGCACAGCUGCCAUGAGCUCCGUGCGAUGGCUUCUUCCUAAUGGAACCAUUUUGACCCAUGGCUCAGCCCACCCACGAAUAUUUGUUCUGAAUGAUGGGACACUGAACUUCUCCAAUGUUCUGCCAUCAGAUACAGGAGUCUAUACUUGCAUGGUCAGCAACAUGGCAGGAAAUUCCAAUGCCUCUGCAUACUUAAAUGUUAGCAAUGCUGAACUCAAUACAUCUAAUCUGUCCUACUUUACCACUGUGACAGUAGAAUUUUUCGAGCCCACAGUGAAGGAGACACCAAAACCCAAGCCUACAGUCACUGCCUCACCCUCUGUCUUUCAGCCUGUCUUUAUUUCCACACCAACCGUACUGUUCCAUAAUACCCAGACACCCAGACAAGUGUCACUUCCAACAGCCAGAAUUCCCAGUCAGCCAGUUGCCAGCUUGGAUGAGAUGAUGAAAACCACCAAAAUCAUCAUUGGCUGUUUUGUUGCUGUAACUUUGCUGGCAGCUGGCAUGUUGAUAGCGUUUUAUAAACUGCGUAAGCGGCAUCAACAAAGGAGCACAGUGGCUGCCGCUAGGACCAUAGAAAUCAUACAGAUGGAAGAGGAGGUUCAUCCUGUGCCUCCGCUAACCUCUGGAUCCAGUGGCUCGGAUGACACAGUAUUGGUACUGCCUACGUUGGUAGAACACAAUAGCAAUGCCUUUAAACCUGGAUAUUUCUCGUCUGCCUCUUUCUCUCGUAAAGGUGGCUUUGGAGCCCAGUGGACCCAAAACAACUCCUCCUUCCAUCACUCGUACAGACAGCAUCACAGCCACAUUAGCACCAUAGCUGAUCCGUAUGCGAUUGAGACUUCUCACGGCAAAGAGAAAGUUCAAGAGACUCAAAUAUGAGCAUCGCUUUCUUUAGAUUUAUCGCUGACUCUGUCCCAACCUCAGCUCUUGAGGAAUUGUGACCUCAUCCAUUCAUUUACUACAAUGCACAACAGAAAUGGUUUUAAGUUUCUCUUGCACAGACGUGCAACCCAAUGACAGUGUUUUGUUUCUUGUACAUGCCUUUGAACAUUAAAUAUAU